AUGUUCAUUAUAUUUAGUCGAUCAAGUGGAAAAACUAAAUUACUUUUUACUGAAUGGUUAAAUAAAAUCGAUGAAAAUUUUGAAAAAGAAUUUUGGAUUGAUGAAACAAAUACAUCGCAAUAUGUUAAUAGAAAACAAAUAUAUAAAGAUACAAUUAAUACAACAUUUAAAUGGUCUGAUUUUCAAUUAAGACCAAAUUUUCUUGUUGCUGCUGUUGUUGCACCAGAAAUGUUUGAUAAAAACCAUAUAUGGUUAGCAUUAAAACAAGUUGAAACAAUUCUUUUAGAAAAAUAUGGUAUUAAAACACUUGAUCCAAGUGAUUUUAAUUAUGUUGGAGAUUAUGUUAAUGAUCGUGAUUCAUAUGAUUAUAAACGAGCACGUGGUUUUAAUUAUCAUAAUGAUGAUCAAAAUAUUUCUAAACAAACAAUAAAACAUAUUAGAAAAUUAUUAUCAUCAUUGAUGGAUUUAUUAUAUUCAAGUGAUUGGAAAGGUUUACCAGAAUUAACAAAUGCUGAUGGACGAUAUUGUCCACAUUAA